GCGCCCGGCGCUCAUGCGGGCCGAGCCCCGCCCCCCGGCCCGAGCCCGCCGAGCGCCGCCGGAGCCCGCGCGCGCCUCCCGCCCGCCCGCACCAUGCUCAAGUGCAUCCCGCUCUGGCGCUGCAACCGGCACGUGGAGUCGGUGGACAAGCGGCACUGCUCCCUGCAGGCGGUGCCCGAGGAGAUCUACCGCUACAGCCGCAGCCUGGAGGAGCUGCUGCUCGACGCCAACCAGCUGCGCGAGCUGCCCAAGCCUUUCUUCCGGCUACUGAACCUGCGCAAGCUGGGCCUCAGUGACAAUGAGAUCCAGCGGCUGCCACCCGAAGUAGCCAACUUCAUGCAGCUGGUGGAGCUGGAUGUGUCCCGAAAUGAUAUUCCUGAGAUCCCGGAAAGCAUCAAGUUCUGUAAAGCCCUAGAGAUCGCCGACUUCAGCGGAAACCCCCUGUCCAGGCUCCCCGAUGGCUUCACGCAGCUGCGCAGCCUGGCUCACCUGGCCCUGAACGACGUGUCCCUGCAGGCGCUGCCGGGGGACGUGGGCAACCUGGCCAACUUGGUGACCCUGGAGCUCCGGGAGAACCUGCUCAAGUCCCUCCCCGCGUCCCUGUCGUUCCUGGUUAAGCUGGAGCAGCUGGAUCUGGGAGGCAACGACCUGGAGGUGCUGCCCGACACGCUGGGGGCCCUGCCCAACCUGCGGGAGCUGUGGCUGGACCGGAACCAGCUGUCUGCACUGCCUCCGGAGCUGGGGAACCUGCGGCGGCUGGUGUGCCUGGAUGUGUCCGAGAACCGGCUGGAAGAGCUGCCCGUGGAGCUGGGCGGGCUGGCCUUGCUCACGGACCUGCUGCUCUCCCAGAACUUGCUCCAGCGGCUGCCGGAUGGUAUCGGUCAGCUGAAGCAGCUCUCCAUCCUGAAGGUGGACCAGAACCGGCUGUGUGAGGUGACGGAGGCGAUCGGGGACUGCGAGAACCUCUCCGAGCUGAUCCUCACGGAGAACUUGCUGACGGCGCUGCCCCACUCCCUCGGCCGGCUGACCAAGCUGACCAACCUCAACGUGGACCGGAACCACCUCGAGGCCCUGCCCCCCGAGAUCGGGGGCUGCGUGGCGCUCAGCGUCCUCUCCCUGAGGGACAACCGCCUGGCGGUGCUGCCGCCCGAGCUCGCGCACACGGCCGAGCUCCACGUGCUGGACGUGGCCGGGAACCGGCUGCGGAGUCUGCCCUUCGCGCUGACCCACCUCAACCUCAAGGCCCUGUGGCUGGCCGAGAACCAGGCGCAGCCCAUGCUCCGGUUCCAGACUGAGGACGACGCCCAGACGGGGGAGAAAGUGCUCACCUGCUACCUGCUGCCCCAGCAGCCGCUGCCCAGCCUCGAGGAGUCUGGGCGGCAGGGCAGCCCCUCGGAGAGCGGCAGCGAGGCCCCGCCGGCGCGCGUCAGCGUCAUCCAGUUCCUGGAGGCCCCCGAGGGCGACGAGGACGCCGAGGAGGCCGCGGGGAAGCGGGGCCUGCAGCGCCGCGCCACGCCGCACCCCAGCGAGCUCAAGGUCAUGAAGAGAGGCAUGGAGGAGCGCCGGGGCGAGGCCCACGCCUGCAGGCCCGACGGGGGGCCACCCGCGCCUCCAGAGGAGGAGAAGAGGCUGAGCGCAGAAUCUGCCCUCAGCGGGGGCUCUGGCCCGGCUACGAGCACGGCCUCGGAGGGCGAGCCCGAGGCCCCGCCGGAGGACGCGCGGGCCGCCCCGGCGCCUGGGCAGGACGACACGGAGGAGGAGUACGAGGAGCCCACGGUACACUUUGCAGAGGACACCCUGCUGCCCAGGGGAGAUGGCGAGAGCGAGGAGGGUCCCCCCGAGGCCCCCUGGGCCCUGCCGGGCGGGCGGCAGCGGCUCAUCCGCAAGGACACGCCCCACUACAAGAAGCACUUCAAGAUCUCCAGGCUCCCGCAGCCCGAGGCGGUGGCGGCCCUGCUGCGGGGCGCGCAGCCCGUCGGGGAGGGCCCCCCGGGGCCGGGGAGCUGGCACAAUGGCCCCUGUGCGCCCUGGGCUCCGCAGGCCCAGGAGGAAGAGGAGGACGAGGAGGACAGGGCUGAGGAGGAGGGCGAGGCCAUCACCGAGGAGGAGGAGGAGGAGGAGGAGGAGGAGGAGGAGGAGGAAGAGGAGGACAAGGAAGAGGCGGCAGCUCCUGUCCCCUCUGUCAAGGGGGUGUCGUUUGACCAGGCCAAUAACCUGCUGAUAGAGCCCGCCCGCAUUGAGGAGGAAGAGCUGACGCUCACCAUUGUGCGGCAGACGGGGGGCCUGGGCAUCAGCAUCGCGGGGGGCAAGGGCUCCACCCCCUACAAGGGUGACGAUGAGGGCGUCUUCAUCUCUCGGGUGUCGGAAGAGGGCCCCGCAGCCCGCGCCGGAGUCCGUGUCGGGGACAAACUCCUGGAGGUGAACGGCGUGGCCCUGCAGGAUGCCGAGCACCACGAGGCCGUGGAGGCGCUGCGGGGGGCGGGCGCCGCCGUGCGGAUGCGGGUGUGGCGGGAGCGCAUGGUGGAGCCGGAGAACGCGGUCACCAUCACGCCGCUGCGGCCUGAGGACGACUACAGCCCCCGCGCGCGGCGGGGAGGGGGCCCGCGCCCCGCCCUGCUCCCGCCCGAGAGCCCCGCGCCCCUCCGCCAGCGCCACGCCGCCUGCCUGGUCCGAAGCGAGAAGGGCCUGGGCUUCAGCAUCGCCGGGGGCAAGGGCUCCACCCCCUACCGGGCGGGCGACGGGGGCAUCUUCAUCUCCCGCAUCGCCGAGGGGGGCGCCGCCCACCGGGCCGGCACGCUUCAGGUCGGCGACCGCGUCCUCUCGAUCAACGGAGUGGACAUGACCGAGGCCAGGCACGACCAUGCCGUCUCCCUGCUGACCGCCGCUUCCCCCACCAUCGCUCUGCUGCUCGAGAGGGAGACGGAGGGCCCGCUCCCUCCCAGUCCCCCGCCACAGGCCUCCCCGACGGCCCCGGCCGUGAGCCCCGGCGCCCCUGGGGAGCCCCGGCCGGCCCCCGGCCUCCCGGCUGCGGCCCUAGACGGACCGUACCCCGUGGAGGAGGUCCGUCUGCCCCGGGCCGGGGGCCCCCUGGGGCUGAGCAUCGUGGGGGGCUCUGACCACUCCAGCCACCCGUUCGGCAUCCAGGAGCCCGGCGUGUUCAUCUCCAAGGUGCUCCCGCGGGGCCUCGCCGCCCGCUGCGGCCUUCGCGUGGGGGACCGCAUCCUGGCGGUGAACGGGCAGGACGUGCGGGAGGCCACGCACCAGGAGGCCGUGGGCGCGCUGCUGCGGCCCUGCCUCGAGCUGGCCCUGCUGGUGCGGAGGGACCCCCCGCCCCCGGGCAUGCGCGAGCUCUGCAUCCAGAAGGCCCCGGGCGAGAAGCUGGGCAUCAGCAUCCGCGGGGGCGCCAAGGGCCACGCGGGCAACCCCUGCGACCCCACGGACGAGGGCAUCUUCAUCUCCAAGGUGAGCCCCGCGGGGGCGGCCGGGCGCGACGGGCGGCUGUGCGUGGGGCUGCGGCUGCUCGAGGUGAACCAGCAGAGCCUGCUGGGCCUGACCCACGCGGAGGCCGUGCAGCUGCUGCGCGGCGUGGGAGACUCGCUCUCGGUGCUCGUGUGCGACGGCUUCGACCCCGGCGCCGCCGCGGGCCUGGAGGUCUCCCCAGGGGUCAUCGCGAACCCCUUUGCGGCCGGCAUCGGGCACAGGAACAGCCUGGAGAGCAUCUCCUCCAUCGACCGGGAGCUGAGCCCCGAGGGCUCUGGCAAGGAGGAGCUGCCCGGUCACCCCCCCCCCUGGGGGCCCGCCCCCACGGACGCCACGGCCUGGAGUCUGGAGCCCCUCAAGCUGGACUACCGGGCCCUGGCGGCGGUGCCCGCUGCCGGCGGCGCACACAGGGCACCGCCCGGAGCGCCCGGAGGGAGGGCGGCGGACGCGCCCUGCUCCCCCGGCCAGCCGACCAAACCAGGGGUGAUCCAGCCAUUGGCUCAGGCCUGGCCCCGGGGCUCCCCCGCCCCGAGGGGCCGAGGUGGUCCCCGCUCUCCGCCCUCCCCGGAUGAGCUGCCCGCCAAUGUGAAGCAGGCCUACCGGGCCUUCGCCGCCGUGCCCGCGGCGCACCCCCCCGACGACCGCGCCGACCAGCCUCCCACCCCCGGGCCGGCGGCCUCCCCGGAGCAGCUGUCCUUCCGCGAGCGGCAGAAGUACUUUGAGCUGGAUGUGCGGGCGCCCCAGGCCGAGGGCCCCCCCAAGCGCGUGUCCCUGGUGGGGGCCGAUGACCUCAGGAAGAUGCAGGAGGAGGAAGCCCGCAAGCUGCAGCAGAAGAGGGCGCAGAUGCUCCGGGAAGAGGCGGCCGCGCAGCCCGCGCCCGAGGAGGAGCCGCGGGACGAGGAGCCGCCCUGGGCGGGCCCGGGCCCGGCCGGAGGGCCCAGCCCCGCGUCCCCGCCUCCCGCGGUGGGCAGCGCCCCGGUGCGGACCGCCAAGGCCGAGCGGCGCCAUCAGGAGCGCCUGCGCAUGCAGAGCCCCGAGCCGCCCGCCCCCGAGCGGGCCCUGUCUCCCGCCGAGCGGCGGGCCCUGGAGGCCGAGAAGCGGGCGCUGUGGAGGGCCGCCAGGAUGAAGUCCCUGGAGCAGGACGCCCUCCGGGCGCAGAUGGUCCUCAGCAAGUCCCAGGACGGCCGGGGCAAGCGCGGGCCCCUGGAGCGGCUCGCCGAGGCCCCGUCCCCGGCCCCCACCCCGUCGCCGCGCCCCCUGGAAGACCUGGGCGUCCGGACCAGCCCCUCCCCCGGGCGCCUGCCUCUGUCUGGAAAGAAGUUUGACUACAGGGCGUUCGCCGCCCUGCCUUCUUCCAGACCUGUCUAUGACAUCCAGUCGCCGGACGUGGCUGAGGACCCGCGGCCUCCGGAACCCUCUCCCGGCCCUGGCCCGCAGGAGGAGGACGGGGAGGCGGCCCUGGCCCUCCCGGACCGGCCCUCGCCCGGCGCCCCGAUGGAACCGUUUGCAGAGCCAAGGCUUUGGGUUUUGAUGAAGUGCAACUUCUUCAUUUCUCCUGGCAGUGCCUCGCAUCUAGGAGCGCCUCGCUAUGCUCUGGGCCCCCAAGAUUUCCUCCAGGGUCUGUCUAAGAGUUCCACGCUUUACAUUCAGAUCCUGUCCUCUCUUGGCCUGCAGGUGUCCAGUGUCUCCAGCAUGGUGGACUGGGGUGACACCCUCCCCAGGGGCCUGUCUCCAUGGCUGCCACCAGCCCUCUGGCCCACAAGCGCCCACCCGUGA